CACAGCGCGGCGCCCCCUGCGCCCCCAGCGACUGCGGAGAAUGAGCACCUGGGGCCGCGGAGCGGAACCGGAGAAUCGACCUCAAUGAUUACGGGCUGAGCCCGGCGCCGCCACCAUGUCCGUGGCCUUCGCGUCCGCCCGGCCGAGAGGCAAAGGGGAGGUCACACAACAAACCAUCCAGAAGAUGCUAGACGAGAACCACCACCUGAUCCAAUGCAUCCUGGACUACCAGAGCAAGGGCAAGACGGCCGAGUGCACCCAGUACCAGCAGAUCCUGCACCGGAACCUGGUGUACCUGGCCACCAUAGCAGACUCCAAUCAGAACAUGCAGUCCUUACUCCCUGCUCCACCAACCCAGAACAUGAACCUGGGCCCUGGAGCGCUGACUCAGAGCAGUUCUAGCCAGGGCCUGCACUCCCAGGGCAGCCUCAGUGAUGCCAUCAGCACGGGCCUGCCCCCGUCCUCCCUCAUGCAGGGCCAGAUCGGCAAUGGUCCAAACCAUGUGGCCAUGCAGCAGACAGCACAGAGCACUCUGCCCACCACCUCCAUGAGCAUGUCAGGCAGUGGCCACGGCUCAGGGCCGGGCUACAGCCACUCGGGACCCACCUCGCAGAGUGUCCCUAUGCAGGGGCAAGGCACCAUUGGCAACUACGUGUCUCGGACCAACAUCAACAUGCAGUCCAACCCAGUGUCCAUGAUGCACCAGCAGGCGGCUACAUCCCACUAUAACUCGGCACAGGGUGGGAGCCAGCACUACCAGGGCCAGUCAUCCAUCGCCAUGAUGGGCCAGGGUGGCCAGGGGAACAGCAUGAUGGGACAGCGGCCCAUGGCACCCUACCGGCCCUCCCAGCAAGGCUCUUCCCAGCAGUACCUGGGCCAGGAGGAGUACUACAGUGAGCAGUACAGCCACAGCCAGGGCGCCUCGGAGCCCAUGAGCCAGCAGUACUACCCAGACGGGCAUGGCGAUUAUGCUUACCAGCAGUCAUCCUACACAGAGCAGAGCUACGACCGGUCAUUCGAAGAGUCCACGCAGCACUACUAUGAGGGGGGAAACUCCCAGUACAGCCAGCAGCAGGCCGGCUACCAGCAGGGCACGGCCCAGCAGCAGACGUACUCCCAGCAGCAGUACCCCAACCAGCAGAGCUACCCCGGGCAGCAGCAAGGCUAUGGGCCUGCCCAGGGAGCUCCCUCGCAGUACCCCAGCUACCAGCAAGGACAAGGCCAACAGUACGGGAGCUACAGAGCGUCACAGACGGGACCGUCCGCCCAGCAGCAGCGGCCUUAUGGCUAUGAGCAGGGCCAGUAUGGAAAUUACCAGCAAUAAGAGACAAGCGUUCUUGUUGGAGCCCUUGUGGUAGCGUGUUCAUCCAGGGGAUGGAUGGGCCGGUGGCAGUUCUGAUGAACUGAGACUUGUUGGUUGCCUCUUCGCCCAGUGCCACGUCUGCAUGUGAAGCGUGCUCAUUUCAUGCUGGGUAACGCCGAGCGUGCACCUUGGCGCAAGACAGCGCUUUGAUGGUGUGACAUAUUUGGUGCUGUGUAUAGUAUUGUAUGUUGAUACAAUGGAGAGGUUGUCCUUUCUUUGUCCCCUCACCCCCUUCUCAAUGUUUCUAGCUAGCUUUCGGGGUCAAUUUGUCAUCAGAGUAUCCUGUGCCCAAUGAUGGGACGUAUCUGAAAGACACCCUAGUUCAUGUAUUCAUAGAAACAGAACUUAGGUCUAAUUUCUCUCCUCAUACAGUGGUCAUGAUGUGGGUUGUAAACUUUUCUUUAACUGGCUACACCACAGCUUGACACACACACAGCCCCUGGAUGGCAGCCUCUUCCUGUGCCUCAGUGGGGUGGGUGAGAGGGUGUCUUCUGUGUUUCGGGCCAGAUUCUGACACACAAUAAAAAGGAUAAACACGCGUCAGUUGGAGAGGCUGGCAGCACUCCUUUCUGAGCUUGUUCAUACCUGUGUCUCUUCCCAAUUCUGUUUACCCAGAAAGAUGUGUGUGUUUGUAUUAAAAAGUAAAGAGGGAUCAAUGACUAUAUUCCAAACAAAUAUGAGUCCACGAGGGCAACGUAUGAUUAGCCUAACCCAGGAGAGUGCUACUCCUGAAAAAAAGAGAGGGCAGACCUCUAGGAAUUUGUCUGUUAGAUAUUACUUUGGUUUUGGCUCUUGCUUUUCCGACAGUCAUUUCUAGGAUUUGAAUAUUCAAU